AUGAGUCAGGUUUUGACGGUAAGUAGGGUGGUGCAGGGUGUCCCCGGAGCAUAUGGCAAGGCUGCAACGGUGAAAGCCUACCCGAAUUGCGAGACAAUCCAGUGCCAUCACUUUGUGGAUGCCAUACGCGCGGUGGAGAGGGGUUGGGCGGAGGAGGCAGUUAUCCCAAUAGAGAACUCGAUCGGCGGCAGCGUGCACACUAACUACGACUUGCUGCUCCGCCAUACGCUUUACGUCGUCGGAGAGACGCGUCUUUUUGUCGACCACUGCCUUCUUGCACUGCCACUUGCUUCCAAACACCACCUCACCUGCGUCUUCAGCCAUCCUCAAGCACUUAGUCAGUGUGAAAUGUCAAUAAACAUUUUGGGGGUGGAUGCAAUUCCUUCUCAAAAUACUGCUGUCGCAGCAGCGCAGAUGGUUGGUUCCGGAGGCGUGCGAGAGAACGGGGCUAGUGCUAGUGCUCGUGUUCGUGCUCGUGCAGCGGAACUCUAUGGCCUAAACGUACUUGCUCACAAAUUUCAGGACCGAUCUAAUAACGUUACCCGUUUUCUGAAGCUUGCAAGAGGCCAUCCGCAACGCAUCCCUUAG